CAAACGUACCUUGAGGUUCGUUAACUUGCCGUUGCCCGCGUAUCCUAAGCAUAGUUUACAGUUUUAGAGCGUUCAAAGUUAUUACACAUUGUAAAUCUUUUAUACCUUGUCUCGUCUAGUGUCGUCUAGGUUGUUCAUAUUGAAUAAAUUGUUAACGUAUUGGGCAAAAUAACAAAACUUUGUUUACAUCGUACUAAUUGCUGACUUUAAUCAUGCGUGAAGUUCUAUCCAUCAACGUUGGACAGGCGGGAUGCCAAAUUGGAAAUGCAUGUUGGCAGCUUUUUACCCUAGAGCACGGUAUCCAGGCAGAUGGAACCGUUAGCGAAAAGAUUCCGAUCGAUGAGAACAUGGCAGCGUUCUUUCACAAUACAGUUUCCGGUAGAGUGGUACCUCGUAACAUUUUUGUCGAUUUGGAAGAUUCGGUCAUAGCCGAUGUGAAAAACGGACCGUACAAGUACCUGUAUCAUCCGCUGCACAUGAUUACUGGUAAAGAGGACGCUGCCAACAACUAUGCUAGAGGUCAUUACACCGUAGGGAAACAGAUUAUCGAACAAGUGUGUACGUCUAUUCAGAAGCAGGCUGAACAAUGCGAUGGACUGCAGGGAUUUCUGGUAUUUCACUCAUUCGGUGGGGGCACUGGUUCGGGAUUUACCGCAUUGUUAAUGCAACGAUUGGCCUCCGAGUACGGAAAGAAAUGCAAGUUGGAGUUCGCAGUCUAUCCUUCUCCUAGAAUUUCGACUGCCGUGGUAGAGCCGUACAACUGUGUCAUUUCAACAAGUACUACAAUGGCAAACUCCGAUUGCUGCUUUAUCAUGGACAACGAAGCAACGUACGAUAUCUGUUCGAAAAAUUUACAAAUUGGACGACCGGAUUACAUUCAUUUGAACACGCUGGUAGCUCAGGUCGUUUCUUCGGCUACUGCAUCGCUGCGCUUCAAAGGUACAAUGAACGUGGACCUGAACGAGUUCCAGACAAAUCUUGUGCCAUAUCCGAGGAUUCACUAUCCGUUGGUGUCCUAUGCGCCACUACUUUCAGCGUCUAAAGCGCAGCACGAGUACUCAUCGGUGGCGGAAAUCACCAAUGCUUGUUUUGAACCUUCGAACAUGAUGGUCAAGUGUGAUCCUCGCCACGGGAAGUACAUGGCCUGUUGUAUGCUCUAUCGAGGAGACGUGGUUCCUAAAGACAUCAAUAGUGCGAUCGCAUCCAUCAAAAGCAAACGGCACAUUACGUUCGUCGAUUGGUGUCCGACUGGGUUCAAGAUAGGAAUCAAUCAGCAAGCUCCAAGCGUACUCCCGGGAGGUGAUUUGGCGAAACCUAAGCGAGCGGUUUGUAUGCUUUCGAAUACGACCGCCAUGUCUGAAGCAUGGGCCCGAGUUAACCAACAGUUCGAUCUGAUGUACAGGAAACGGGCUUUUGUGCAUUGGUACGUUGGCGAGGGGAUGGAGGAGGGCGAGUUUAGCGAGGCAAGAGAAGAUAUGGCCAUUCUGGAGAAGGACUACGAAGAAGUCGCUGGCGACACGCAAGAUCCCGACGAGGUGGGUUCGGAUUAUGAAUAUUAAGAGCGUUAGUUUCGAGUGUUUUCUGUAUAAUUUAAAUUUUUCGUGUAUUUUGUUAGCUAAAUCUAAAUAAAAAGUUACAAUAGAAAUCGAAUAAAGAUUAUCAUAAUUGUCCUGUAAUAGUUUUAAUAUGUACAUAGUGGCGACAUAAUACCUUUUUUGAGCGGUUGAUCUGUGAGUGGAGAAAAUCUUAUUCAGUUCUAAAUGACUAGAUUAAGCUGGGUUAAAAAUGUGCACAAACUAAUUGUUUUUUUUUUUUCAUUUUUGUGUAUGUUAAACUGUAAAUAACUACCGUUUCCAGCUGAUUUUCAAUACAAUUACGGCAUAGGUAUACUUCCCAUAAACGCAUAACAGAAAAUUAAGCAAAGAUGUAACUGUUAUGCUUUUAUGGGGUGGUAUAUAUAAUUAUGGGAAAAAAUGAAUUGUUGUUCGUUCUCAAAUCUGUCAAUACUCUAUCAACCUGUUUGUGUUAAAUAUUACCAUAGAUGCAAUAGUUUCAAGCUUAUGAUUGGUAAUCAAAUGGCAUACAUUUUAACAACCAUGUAUAAAUAAGUAAUAAAUAAUUUUCAAGAACGUUCAUUACUAAAGCUGAAGCACCAACAUUCUAUUAGUCAUGGAUAACGCGAGUGGGAUUUGGAAACAUUAUACAAAACGAAACAUCAUACGAAGCAGAAAUUUUGUUUUCUACCUUCUUCGUAGGAUAAUGCACUAGAGUUAAAAGUUUUUUCAUGGAUUAAUUUCAUGAUUGAUAGUAUAAAAAGCCAGUAUUGGUACUAGAGCUCCUAGAUUUCAAUUCCGAUCUGAACUUUGUUUGUAGAACUUCUUUCGCAUAAAUACUCGUUCGCAUUAUCAAACAACAUUAAUUUGUUUGGAAAGAAUUGGAGUUUGGAAUGAAAACAUGAUAAAUUUAAAAUUAGAACACAAGGCGACUGAGCAGUUCCACGCCGAAUAACGAAUCGAUCUGAUACGACCAUCUCCGAUUUGCAUAAAAAUUAGUUAUGGUCAAUUAUAUGAGCUAAAAUUCGGUCAAAAUGACUCGCAAAAAAGACUUUAAAAUUGGCAAAUUCGAAAUUUUUCAACAACAUAACUUGAAAUCGUCACUUCCCCAAUCGAGACAGAGACGUCUGAGACAAAGUUGUAGGAACAUAAUUCCUUUCCAGGAAAAAAUACCCACGGUAAAAAAAAUUCUACUAGUUAGUUAACGAGUGUUGAAACCACCAAAGAAUCCCGACGGAUUAUCUUUCUUGGUGCAUCAUAAAGCAUUUGAGAACAACAGCUACGGAGAACCAUUCGGAGUCAUCAGCAAACUAGAAGAUAUCACAAUAAUUUCGGAUUCAUCUGACAGAUCACCAGAAAGGAGAGCAAUUUAACGUGAUUGGAAUCUUCAAACAGCGAGACGAUAUCGCAACAGUACUGGACACAAACAACGGAUUAUUGGAAAGGCCAUGAAUCAAAUGUAAGUAACUUUAGCAUUGUUUUAAGUGAAACCCAGAAAAAGAGAAAACUUUGAAUGAAAAUACCGAUAACAUAGUGAAAUAAUCAAGAAAAUAUUGCUUGAGAGAUGCUUCUCAAGUAACCACCGAGCCUGUUAAUAGUGAGAUAAGGGCCUUUUUUGCAACAUAUGACUUUAAAUUUUUAUAUUAGCCUUAAUAUCUCAGUAUUAUAUUGCACUUUUUGCAUUAUUGAACUUGAUGGUUCUUGGGUAGUGAACUAAAACUGGAGAUUUUCGUUGUCCUUCUCAAUAAGUGUGUGAUUUAAAUAUUUAUAGUGUCUAAUGCCAAACGUAUUUUCUGUUCAAUUUGUGCAUUAAAAUUUACAUUGCAUAAAACGUGUGAUUUAUUUCUUCUUUUUACCCAAAUUCGCAAGUGUUAAAUUUUAACUUGUCAGGAUUAAGCGUUUUGCAAAUUUCAAUAACAAUCGUAACAUGGUGGAUCAUGGACAUUAUGACAUCCUUAGAAUGCCGUUUGGGCGUAGGAACGCUCCAUCCACUUUCCAACGUUUGAUGGACAAUGUCCUUCGAGUCUAUAUUGGAUAUGGUGCCAAUAUAGCCUCGUGUAUAUAUGGAUGACAUUAUUAUAUUCUCAACAAGUUUACAAGAGUACUUGGAAAACUUGUGUAACAUUUUUGAAAGGUUGGAGCAAUUCAAAAUGUCACUUUUCUAGGACAAAUUGUAACCGCAGAGGGUGUUAAACCCAACCCAUACAAAAUUGAAAUACAAAAUUUAAAACUGGCCAUUGCCCAAAAACAAAAAGGAACUUCGUGGUUUUGUUGGCGUUUUAGGGUACAGGUAUACCUCGAUAUAACGUAACUGUCACUUUUGGCUUCCAUCGUUGAUUUCUAGCUAACAAUCAUUAAAUCAAGCAAUCGGAAAUAUGAGACAAUUAUUCUCCAUCUGUUCGUUAUGCCAAUUUGUGAUAUAUCGACGAUGGAAGUCAAAAGUGACAGUUACGUUAUAUCGAGCUAUACCUGUAUUACAGGAAAUUUAUAAGGUAUUUCACAAGAAUUGCAAAACCUCUUACGCAAUGUUUAAGAAAAGGUGAAAGUAUUAGUCAUACAAAAGAAUUUAUUCAGGCAUUCGAAAAAUGCUAAAAAACAUAUGAACAAGUAGCUACAAUACCCAGAUUUUGGCAAAAAUUUCAUCUUUACUACAAACGCAUGCGAUUGGAGCCGUACUACCGCAAGAACCAAUUGUCCAAGAUAAGUCAAUUGCGUUUGUCUCGCGAACAUAAGAUCGGAAAUCUAACUAUUAGCAAUCGUAUGGGGCUGCAAAUAUUUACGCCCCUAUCUAAUUGGUCGACAGUUUACACUUUAUACAGUUUAACUUAUGAGUUAAAUUGACUAUGAGAUAAAGUAUAGACCAGGGAAGCAAAACACUGUGGCGGACUCCCUAUCACGAAUCCAUCAUGAAGUCAAUAGGUCUGUUCCUGUAGUUUUUUUCCUUUGGUUUGUUUUUUCCGUCGAUCUUGUUUUCCGUGCUGAGCACCAAUACUACCGACGUGCCAGGAAGGCAGCUCCCACAC